AUGGAUCUCUGUCUUCCCGGAGGAGAAAAUGUUUUACUCUUAAAUAUUGAUGCUACCAAAGGGAACACCAUGUGCACCCAAAUACCCAGACAGAUUUCCAGAGAUGAGCUAGUCAAAAUUCUUCCUGACUCUUGGAUCACAAAUUACGAAAAUCUAAGGGAACCUGAAGAAUCUCUGCAAUCUGGUGAACCAACUUUUACCAAAAGAAGUGACAAAACCGUUUGUAUAAGCUUUGACCAUUCCCAUCUCAAAAAACUCAAUAAAACCAUCUUCUCUUGCCAAAUGAUUCAACCCAAAGAUACCAUAGAUACAUACCCAGAACCUGAUGGAGAGUUUUUCUGGAAUAUACAAAGCAUCAUGGAAGAACAUGACUGGUGCCAAUAUUUUGACAAAGAAGGAAAAAGAAUGUGGUGGUUCAAAUGCCCCUUCACUAGUCACUACCCAUGGGAUCUUGAUUGCACCUGCCAAGACUGUUUAGAAGAUCCAAUUGGAGAAUAUGAUGAACAUCACCAGCGCAAACCAAAAUCCAAGAAAAAGGAGAAAGCUACUGAAAAACAAUUUCGAGCCAAAUAUGAAAAUAAAGAUCCUUCAAUUGGCUCAUUAAGCCGUCAAGAUAAAUAUGAAUUUCUUGUCAGUUAUGAACCCCAGGAAUGGCCAUAA